UACCUGUUUAUGUGUACGUCAGUACGUUGGACAAUCUCGUGUGGCGACAGGGUGAACCUUUUGUAAAAAUAGGCUUCGUUAAGCUCUAUUAUUAAACCCUACACGAAGAGAAAAAUGGGAACUUUGUCCCUGAUCUCCAAGUCCAGACUUGAUACAAAAUGCCAAAAGAAGAUGGGAUCCCGGUAAUUUCUUCUACUCCUACCGGGAUUGCACGCACUUUCCCUAUCACACAUAAGCGCACAUCACCUCCACCACCACCGCACCCCACUAUGGUCCGAUUCUUUGUUGGUCUGGCCGCCCUGGCAUCCGUUGCCUUUGCCGACAUCACAUUCAACUGUAUUGGCUACCCUAGCAAGACUGGCGGCGCGUUCGGCGUCUCCAUUUCAGGCGCAAUCACAAAGCUCGCCACGAAUGAGACCACGUUCCCAGUCUGGUCCGGCGUCGUCCCCGGCACCACCUCCGCGGUCCAGUACUCGUACGUCGAGCUCGACGCCACUGGCGCCGCCGUCAAGACCGAGGCUUUCGCUCGCAAACUCAACCAGACCACCGACACCAGCACCGACAACGAGUUCUUUGAUCGCCCUAUCACCUACCACGAAAUCGUCCGAUUGCCCUACACCUACUUGGCCACUUACCCCUCAAAGUCCAAGGCCUUUAAGGAGGAUCAGAUUGCGACCAUUCACUUGACUGCGCCUGCAGCGACCAUCCAGGCCAUGAAUGCCGCCCCUGAGACCGAGGCUGAUGUCAAGGUUACGUUCCGCUUCAUCAACGCCAAGACCAUUUACACCCAGAACAACAUCACCCUCAAGACCUCCGGCAAGUCCUCUAAGGAGUUUGCCAAGCAGUCGUACAAGUUCAAGUUCGAUACCGACUACAACCAGACCUUCUUUUCGCGCCCUAACCUCAAGCUGCGCUCCAUGUCCACGGAGCCCACCUAUCUGCGCGAGAAACUGUACAUCGACAUGUUGAACUCUGUUGGUGUUCCCACUCAGCAGGUAAACAUGCACGAAUUUGCAUGGGCCUUGUUCUGUCCAGUGCUUUCAAUCUUCAUUACUGAUGCUCUUCAUCGCUGUAAUGUUUAUAAUAGGGAUCAUAUGUUCGUCUGUUCGUCAACAACGUCGCGUACGGUUUGUUCUUGAUGGUCGAUGAUAUCAAGAAGUCGUUCGCCAAGCAGACUGUCCACGGCGGCGACCCUCUGGUCGUCCCUGGCUCGCUGAUCCAGGCUAAUGCCCCCACUCUGGAGGAGCAGGCCGAUCUCGUUUAUAAGGGACCUUUGACUGCGGCCUACAACCAGGAGGCCUACAUCAGCCAGAACCUCGGCAAUAACGUGGCGACCGAACCCCUGGGCCAGUUGAUCACC